GAACACGGAUACAGUCAUGACGACGAGCACGAGACGCGAUACUCCAAGUCGCAACAUGUGGUGUUGAUGACGAUGAAUGAGCUGCAUAUCUAUAUCUUGGGCAUCAUGGGAUGUGGCGAACCCAAAGUUUGGCCUUUUUGCCCUCUUCCUUUCACCCUUCCCGUGCCCAACUGCCAUACCAAGACCCGGCAUCUCGAUCAGACUUUGACUCUGCACUACCGACUUUAACACAAGUCUCCCGUAUUAUAUCGUGCGGCACUCUGUAUCCGGCUCGCCUCACUGCCGAAGCCAAUAGAUGUCACGAAGCGUUCGCGAGGACCGUCAUAUGUAUGAUAGGGUGUCAACGAUAUUUUGCUUUUCACAUCGAGACGUGCCAUGGAACUCUCCCUCAUGACGUUUUCAGUUGGGCUGACGACCCUUCGCCCUCGGCCAGACAAAGAACGGAAAGCUGCCUAGGGGCUAGCUGAAAGAACACGCUCGUGAGAGACGUCCACUGCGCCAUGCUCUAUAUCGGGAACAUUCAUAAGAGAUGUACCGAUUUAUAUCGGUCCUUUUCUAGCCUUGUCCAACCCCCAUUCUUUGCCAGCUCACCCGAGUUCUGACACGUUUGUACGAAUACUUACGCAUGACUUAUAAGCAUGUCUGGGGAAGCCAAUUUACACUGCUGCCCUACCCGUUGAAUAAUG